ACAGGCCAGUCCAAGAUGGGAAACCAACCACCGACUAAGGCCACACUCUCUGGGUUAGUCACAAGAAUUUGGCGCUACCCUUAUAGAGCUAAUGGACAAGAGAUGGAAGUCCUAAUCAUGUUACGGCAUCAUCGCCAUAAGGGUGAAAAGAUCAUAUAUGUCGACGGGCAAAUUGUUCACCACUCCAUCGACCGUAUUGACAGCGGGGGAAUCGUAUCCUUCGAAAUUCUUCAAGGAAAAGUGCCGUGUGAGCUCACCGUCGUUGACUACCCUGGGCUCACUUCCUAUUCGCUGGUUAUUCGAGGUCGUCCAUGGGCCUGCGACACAGAGCAAGCGGACGGUGGAGAGGGAGGAAGGCAGCCAGUGGGUUUAUCAGAAAAUUUGUCCAUAGAAAGCGUGACGGUAGCUUCUGUAGCUUUGUUGCCAUUGGACACUGAAAAGGGAGGAGAUGACAGAGAAAAAAGGAAGACGAGGGAGGAUAAACUGGAAGAUGAGGUUGAGGAAGAGGAGGAGGAAACCCUACUGCAAUCAUCUUCUCGAGGCGUCGUCAGGUCCGGUGGAAAAGCGAAAGUGGGAGCUUUCUACACACUGAAGACGCGGUGGGCCGCGACGGAGGGAACCGGAGCCGAGGAAGGAGAGCAAGGAGCGAACGGGAGGGCGGGUCCCAAGGAAAAGGAACACCGGUUUCGGUUCCGAGACUUUGACAAACUGGAUGUGAAAAUUCGGUCUUACUUUUGGGGACACCACCUUGCUUCCUCCCUCCCUCGUCUUCCUCCCAAAUAUCUGAAAGCCCUCACGGCGCACACUUCCCCCUCCUUCCUGGAGGAGAGGCGCGCAGCAUUGGACGCCUACAUGCAGAGACUACAGAACUUCCCAUACGUCCAACGGAAUCCGGAUUGGCAAGCGUUUGUACUGGGGGAGCCGGGCUUACGAUAA